AUGGAAUUAAGGAAGCUAGCAUCUUUCGUGGAUGGUCUUAAUGGUUUCAAAGAUUGUUUUAGAAGUCUUUUAUCUGUUCUAUCUAUUGAUGCCAAGGAUGGUCUUCUUUAUACUCUGGUUCAGUUUUAUGAUCAUGUUUACUGGUGUUUCACCUUUCCCGAUUAUCAGUUGUUGCCCACCAUGAAGGAGUAUGCUUAUAUUUUGGGUAUACCAGUUUCUGAUAGAGUUGAGUCUCAAGUUAUUGUGGAAGCCAUUCAUCUGAGGAAGUCUGACAUAAAUUCCAAUCUCACUGUCAAAGGAGGUAUUAGAGGGUUGACUUCUAAGUUUUUUACUGAGAAAGGUUUUUCUUUUGCUAAUGCUGGUAGCAUGGUGGCCUUUGAAACUAUGCUUGCCUUACUCAUCUACGGUUUGGUCUUGUUUCCCAACAUUGGCCAUUUUGUUGAGUUUAAUGCUAUGAGAAUCUUCUUGAUUAGGAAUCUGGUACCAACUUUGCUCGAUGAAAAUUAUUUCUCCAUUCAUCAUAAGACUUCUAAAGAAGGUGGAACCAUUGUCUAUUAUGCGCCUUUAUUUGAUGACAUAGCUUGGUAUUCUUCUAUUUACGACAACGUUGAGAUUAUUGAUGGUUGUGGGGAGUUCUCUAAUGUGACUCUUCUUGGAAAGGAAAAAGGUGAGCUUGAAUUGAAGGAUUGUAUAUCUUUGGAGUUGGGUGAAGAAGAGAUCAAAAGAAUUUAA